AUGGAUCAUCUGGAACAAAUUUUGAUCGGCUUUCUGUGCCUUGGAAUUGCAUUAACAUCCUCGGCCAGUCGUAAAGAAGACCUCGAGAGGGCAGCUGAACUAGCGGUAGAGAAAGCUGCUGAAAGGGCAGCGGAAAGGGCAGUAGAGAAAGCUUUAGAAAGUGGGAACAUGACUACUGAAUCAAAAACAAUUCGGGAAUCCUAUUCGAGUAUUAGGAAAGGUGGAAGUCGAGAGAGGGCUAAUAACGAAUACGGUACUCGAUAUUCUGAUUUGAGAGACGACGAGGACACGGAAUCCGAUUCAGAGGGUGACACUGAUGACUGGAGUAGGUUUUCCAGAAAUAGAUGGAUCGGAAGACGCGAACCUUGGAGAAGAAGCUUAAGAAGCGAUUGGAUAAGCGAUCAUCAUCAACAUGGAAAUGUUAAGACAAUCACUGUAGAGAAGAAGAUUCCGGUACCAGUGACGGUAGAAAAGAAAAUUCCAUUUACGGUUUACAAACACGUGCCCUAUGAAGUGAAGGUUCCUGUACUUCAGCCUUACACCGUUGAGAAAAAGGUACCCUACCCCGUGAAAGUGUUCGUGAAUACUCCCGUAGAGGUACCGGAGCCGUAUACAGUCGAGAAGAAAGUGCCUUACGAGGUGAAGGUCGACAGGCCCGUGCCGUACAAGGUCGAGGUACGGGUACCACAACCGUAUACAGUUGAGAGGAAAAUACCGGUGGAGGUAAAGGUAUCGGUGCCUCAGCCGUACACCAUCGACAAGACCGUGCCGUAUGAAGUAAAGGUACCUGUAAAAGUACCGACACCUUACGAGGUCGAAAAAAAGGUUGCCGUGCCAGUUAAAGUCAUUGUAAAUCGACCCUACCCUGUUUCUGUACCAAAACCUUAUCCCAUAGAAGUCGAGAGACCUUACCCCGUUGAAGUACCUAAACCUUAUCCUGUUAAAAUCAAAGUCCCAGUAGAUGCACCCUAUCCUGUACCAGUGGAAAGACCUGUACCAGUCCCAGUCAAAGUACCACAACCCAAACCCUAUACGGUGGAGAAGCAUGUACCCGUAGAAGUACCUAAACCUUAUCCAAUACCAAUCAAAGUUCCUGUGGACAAACCUUAUAAAGUUUACAACGAAGCACGUGUACCUGUACCAAUCCGAAAACCCUUCCCUUAUUGGGUUCAAGUACCGGUGCCUGUUAAACUCGAUUGGCAAAAAUCUGGUCACCAUUCUGCAGAAUCUUUCGAAAGGAAAAACGAUUCUACGAUGAGCCAAAGGACAAUCAAUGAUUCUAAAAAUUCCAAUAUGUCCUCGUAA